UUAGUUCAACGAUUGUGUCCAUUAUUAACUGUUGUCCACCUUUAUCUAUCUAACUUGAAAUUUAUUGUCAUAUAAAUUCCUAAUUUAUAGUUAAAACAGUUGAAAUCCAUUAUAAACAAAAAUGAUGGGUCCGGGAACUGCGCCUUUAUUGGUUUUAAGCCAAAAUACAAAACGUGAUUCUGGUAAAAAAGUCCAAAAAGAAAAUAUUCAAGCUGCCAAGGUCGAUGCUGAUGUCAUUAGAAGUUGUCUUGGACCACAAGUAAUGUUGAAAAUGUUAAUGGAUCCAACUGGUAAAAUAGUGAUGACCAAUGAUGAGAAUGUUAUUUUACGUGAAAUUACUGUUCAACAUUCGGCUGGUAAAUCAAUGAUUGAAAUCACUAGAACCCAAGAUGAAGAAGUUGGAGAUGGAACAACAUCAGUAACUGUUCUUGCUGGAGAAAGUUUGGCAAGAGCUGACGCAUUUUUAGAACGAAGAAUGCGUCCAACUAUUAUCAUAAGAGCAUACAGAGAAGCUUUAGAAAACAUGUUUGAAAUUUUACAAGAUAAAAUUAGCGUUGAAUUUGACUGUAAUGAUCGCAAUAAAUUAGUCGAAGUUGUUAAAUCAUGCGCUGGUACUAAAUUUAUUGAAUGCUGGUCUGAUUUGGCGUGUAAAAUUGCUUUCGAGGCUGUCCGUAAAAACUUACUUGAAGAAUAUGUGCGCCGUGAACUAGAUAUAAAAGAAAGAUAAGAAAUAAUAGAUAUAAAGAAAGGGCAAUGAAUACAACCAACAUCAAAAUGCGGGUCCCACAGAAGAAUCAAUGAAAGAAUAACUAUAAUAAAAAAAACUUACAUAAACACACUUUUUUUUAAAAAUAAUAAUGCAUAUGUAAAAGAAUAUAAUUAUACUUGGUUCGUUAUUUCA